AUGUCUUCAACGCCCGAAGCGCUGUCGCAGACGCAAUCGCAGACACCGUCACAGCCGCAGUCGCAAUUGCAGCCACAGACAGCGUCGCAGCCGGAGACGCCUUCACAACCGCAGCCACAGUCACAGUCACAGCAGUCGCAGUCGCAGCCGCAGUCACAGCCUCCACGCUUUAGUAAUAAGCGAAAGAGGCGCGCUGACCACGAUGCAGAGCUCUUGCCAUUACUUCAAGGUCCCUCCGCAGAGAUCAUUGUGGGUACCGGAGACAAGGUAGCAACGUGGACCGUCCCAAUUGCACUGCUCGCCAAACACUCUGAACUCUUGCGUAAUACCCUCAGCAAGCCCGGCGAUAAUGUAGCGUCAACUGCCGCCAGGGUCACACUCGUCGACCGUGAUCCAGCAAGCUUCCGUGUUUUUGUGCAGUGGAUGUACUUUGGCACUGUCCCCGAUCGAUUCGGUCUGAGCAGAUUGUCCACAGGCAAUGACAUAUCCAACAGCUUCCUACUAUGGACUCUCGGUGACUACCUACGGGCUGACGCGUUCAAGAACAGGAUCAUGAGCGAGUUGUACAACUCAUACUCGCAGGAAGGCUGCGUCAGUGCCGCUCUCGGCUUCGUCGAGUUCACUGCGGCCGAAAUUGGAUACUGCUGGAGCCACACUGCGCCAGGCUCAAAGUUGAGAAAGUUCGUCCUCGACACCCUCUCACAUCACAUUAUCUUCGGCAGCUACAUCGAACUCACGGAGGGCACUGACUGGUACAAGCUGGGUAUCAGAAACGCAGACUUGCAGAUGGAAAUCGUUGCUACUAUUGCUGCGUCAGUCAAUGCGUAUAGUGACGAGGUUACAGUGGUUCCAAAGUUGAAGGACUAUCUGGAGGAAACCAAGACUCAUACAACCGGAGAAGACGACACCAUCAUACUGUAG